AUGCAAGGGAGGGUGGAGAGGAUGUUGGAAGUCAAAAACAGCAAUGACCAUGGCCUCCAUCAAGACGUUUCUCUGGUGCAACGCUUCAUGCUCACUACACGUGAGGAGCAGACUAGGGCACAGCAAUUCCUUCAAGAAGACGCGCAAUUUCUCAAGGAAAACAUGGCCAGCAUACAGAAAACACAAGAAACCCAGCUGAGCAUUAUGGAUGAAGUCUUGGAGGUGCUGAAGAGUAGCCCCCUUCUCCUUGAUGCAGCUACAGCCAUGAACCAACCCUUCAAUACGGCGCAUAUUCUUGUCCAAUGUUAUACCCGACAAAAGUCGACUAAGCAAGGAUACACACAAGCCGAUUUCCGCCGGGUAAUUCUAUCGAGGCUCAAUUCGAACCGGAAACGCAUGCAAUUCGAUGUCCAGGAGAAUUACAAUCAGGGAACCGUGAUGCUGUUGAUACAACAAGACCGCUGCGUCUACGUACUGACUUCUGAGGAUCUGGCUUCAUGGAUUAGAUGCCCAACAUCCCGCGUCCUGGUCAUCAACGGGAACAUGAACACGACGCAGUUCCGCUCCCCCUUGAGCUUCAUCUCCGCCAGACUCGUCUACACCCUUGAUCUGCUGCGUGAACGAACGCCACCAGGUCAGAACCAGGUUGCGGCCCUGCACUUCUUUUGCGGUGAACAUACCAAUCAAGACAAUGCAUCAAACUCAGCAGCCUUCAUCAUUCAGAAUCUCCUAGCACAGUUGCUGGAUGCAUUCAGGGACAUUGACCUGAUAGGCCUCAUUUCCCUCGGAGACUUCCAGGGGGAUGAUCUAGACGCAGUCUGCCAGCGAUUCAAAUGCGCCUUGAAGCUCCUCCCCGCCACCGCUGUGAUCUUCUGUAUUACCGACAAUCUGCCCUUCUAUCUGGUUGACGAGAAGGCCUCGGGGGACGCAGUGAUUCUGCUGCGGUGGUUACUUAGAUUGACACGCCGGCAGAGGAAGUCCCAGGAGGCGUCUGGGAGUGGCUGUACAUUUAAACUGCUUCUUACCGCAGCCGUGCAAUUCAUGGAGCCGGAGAUUAGUGCACUCGGACACGAAGACGUUAUGACGAUCCCUGUGACUGUCCCUCAAACUGGAGGAUUUACAGAUAUGAAAUGGGAGGCAUCCGUGGGGAAAGACGUAGAAAAGGGAGCCUGA